GCGCGAAAAGCUGCGGCGCUUGCAGAAGAUUACGCACCGAGUGACCCCGAGGCGGACGCACGGCUUCAACGUCAACAGAAGGAGGAAGAAGCCAGUAUCAAGCGGGUAUGCGACGAAUUGCGCCUUCAGAUACACGAGAUCAACCCGGACGGCCACUGCCUCUUCUCCGCGGUAGCGGACCAGCUUGCCCUCCUCGGCAUCAUACCCGAAGCAGAUGCGUCGUAUCAGACAUGUCGACAGGCAGCUGCAGACUUCAUCCAGACGCAUCCGAACGACUUCCUUCCCUUCUUGCCCUCGGAAGGUGGAGAGGACGGCGGGGGCGCAACGGAUGCUGGAAUCAUGACUCCCGAACAGUUUCAAAGGUAUUGCGCAAACAUGCGCUCGACAGGUGCAUGGGGAGGCGAGCCCGAGAUACUCGCGCUAAGUCGGGCGUACCGCGUGCCGAUCCAUGUCGUGCAAGGAGGUACACCUCCUGUGGUCGUACACGGUGAAGAUUUCACGACCUCGGAUUCAAAGCAUGUCGUGUAUAUCAGCUACCACCGUCAUAUGUUCGGUCUCGGAGAGCACUACAAUUCCUUGCGACCCAAGACUUUCAUGAACACGGUGAAGUCCGCGUUGCACGCGUAG